UAUCGGGGCCUUCUCACUCUCUCUAUCAGACCAAAGUCACCCAAAAACAAAGGCCCAGACACUAUCUUCUUCACAUUUGGCAUAAAGACAUAAAAAGACUUCAAAUUUCAAAUACGAAUCGAGAACCAGAACCAGAAAGAAGAGAAAUAUGCUAGAUCCAAGAAAUGACCUGCUUCCUCCACCUGUAUCUCCCACCAACUCCUCCGUCUCCUCCUCCGAUCUCGACACUGAGUCUACGGGCUCAUUUUUUCAUGAUCGGAGCACCACCUUGGGAACUUUAAUGGGAGUGAGUUUCCCGGCGAUAACGUUCCGAGCGCCGAGCCAGAGCCGCCGCGAGCUCCAGUCCGCCGGCAGCACCAGCGGCGGCGGCUCGAGGAAGGCGAAGAAGCCGAAGAAGAAGAGCGCCGCCGCCGCGGUUGCCGGAGUGACGGAGCGGCGGCGGAGGUGGUGGAGUCUCUGCCGAGACGACGGCACUAAGCCGGCGUCUCUUGGAGAGUUUCUGGAGGUGGAGAGGCGGUUCGGCGACGGCGCGUUUUACAAUACGGCGGCGGAGCUUGAAGGGGUGAUGGUGGCGCAGCAGCCGAGAAAUGGAGGGCAGAUGUUGUUUGCUGAUGGGAGAGUUCUGCCGCCGUCGAAUGUGGACGACGGAGCUUCUUCGUCGACGGCCGGCGUUCUGUGUAGAUUUCCGGUUGCUCUCACUGCCAUCUGUAGUGGCGGUUUAGCGUAAAUCUUUUUAAUUUUUUAUUUUUAAUGACGAUAUUAAAUCUCUUACUUUGUCUCGGUGUAUUUAACUUUUCUUAUUGUGGAAAAUCAAAAAUGGAGAAAAGAAAAGCAGAGUUUUGGUUA